AUGAACCCACUCCUUUUAAUAUGCUUCUUGUACCUUUUUGGCUCAAAUAUAGAAACAGACUUUGUCUGUUUUUGUUCUACUACACAGAAGAAGGAGGGGCUAGGAAAUUUGGUGGUGUCCAAGUUGAGGAAUCUAUUUGGAAGGAAGGAGAAGGAAAAGGAAAGAAACAUAAUAACAUAUAAAUUUGUAAAACAUACAUGUGAUGAAAAACAUCAAGGAAAAAAUGAAAAAAAGGAAAAUCAAAUCGGAUUUGAAGUAUCUCAUGUGAAUAGACUUAUCUAUAUUAACCAAUCUAAAACAUUCAUUCUAGGUGCAUACAUACCAUAUAUAUAUAUGAGUGUUAGAGAUAUAUACAUAGUUUUGAAAAAAAUAAAAGAGUUAAAUUUUAAUACAGUAUAUACCUUUUUAUUUUGGCCUGAAAAUGAAUAUUUAGAAGAUUUUUAUGAUACCACCAAAUCGAAACUUUUUUAUUUACUAAACUUUUGUGCAUCUAAUGGACUCUUUGUCAUCUUAGACAUAGGACCAUAUAUAGAUAAUAUUUACAACUCGAAUAUCCCUACUUAUGUUUUGUUUAAUAAAAAAUUGAAUGAGUAUAUUAGGGAUGUAUAUAUAGAGAGGGAAAAAAAAGAGAAAAAAAUUGCACACAAAAUUGGAGACUAUUUUUUCUCCUCCAAUUUAUUUGGAAAGGAAAAGAGAGAGAUAAAAAAUGAAGAUCCACAAAAUGUGAAAAGGGUACAUAUAGAAAAUGAAAUAGGUAGGAAGAAAGCAUCUUAUAUGAAGACAGAUCAUACAUACAAUAAUAUCUACAGCUUGUAUUAUUUUAAGAGAGCUAUAAAAUGGUUUAAUUAUAUCCUCCCUCGUUUGAAAAAAUAUGCCAAUGUGAAUAAUGGACCAAUUAUCUAUCUAAAUAUUGAUAAGACGUUCGAUAAUUACUAUAUGUAUGUAAUUAUAGAUUUGAAGAGAAGAAACUAUUUCAGAAAUAUAUGCAAUGUGGAGAGUUAUUUUAAGGGUUCCAAAUCGGAGGGAGGAUCAUCCUUCCUACAGUGUGUCAUUAACUUCUUCAAACGGGUUAGAAGGAGCUACAUACUUACGCUAGGGUAUGUCCUAUACGCUAGGUUUAACCAGUAUAUGAGAAUUUUAAAGGAAUACGAAUUAGGGUUGAUGUAUAUUAAUGAGAUUUACAAGCUCGUACAAUUGCAUUUCGGAAAAAUGAACACGCUGACAACGAACUAUCCUUUCUUUAGAGAUGAGUUUAUUAACUCCUAUGCAGGGAACAAUUGCUACAAUCAUUUUUUUCGUAACAACUGGUUUGACAAUGAGUGCAUAAAGUUAAACAAACCUUGCAUAUGGUCACAGGUCUGGACUGGUGCCAAGUACAGCAUACAUAAUGUGAACUCGCCUAACAUUUUGAGAAGACACUUCCAGGAGCCCAUCGUGUAUGAUGCUUCCCCGGCGAUGGUUUCCCCGGUCAGCGAACUCGUGGCGCGCGAGAGCAGGAGGUUUAAGCGCGACGAGGGGGGCGAAGCGGGAGUCGAAGCGGGAGACGAAGCGGGAGUGGACGCGGGAGACGAAACGGAACCUUCCGCAGAUCAGUCGGCGGACCCUUCCGCAGAUCAGUCGGCGGACCCUUCCGCAAACCAAUCGGCGGACCCUUCCGCAAACCAAUCGGCGGACCCUUCCGCAGACCAAUCGGCGCACCCUUCCGCAGACCAAUCGGCGCACCCUUCUGAAGACCCCUCGGAGGACUCCCCCCAAGGGGAAAUCCGCGUGGGCGUGAAAAGGGCCCAUAGCAGAUACAGCAGCAACAACUAUAUUGGCCACAUAAGAAACUUCAAAGAUCUGACGUACAACAUAUUAGUGUUUCUGGCGAAGGGAGGGGUGUUCCUCAACAUAUUCCCCUUCUACAGUGGCAAUAACAUAAACAACACGCACACGUACUUGGAGCACUACAGCAAAGAAACGGGACAGCCGCUGGACCUGUACUUUAACCAGAAGGAACCUCUAUACUCACACAUUAAGAAGAUAUUCAAAAUUCUCUACAAGUAUGGGCAUCACUUACUCAAAAGUGAACACUACAUACGGGCAGUGAAAAUUUCCACGAACAUUGAAAUGUACGACUUUAACGCUAUUAAGAUCAUUUGCAACCAUAACAUUAAGGGAAGCACUUAUGUAAAAGUUGGGCCGCUCAAUUACAACAUCAACAGCUUUAGCUGCAUUGUGUAUAAUGAAUAUAAGAAGAAAAUUAUUUACGAUUCUUCCUUCAAUUACAGUUACGAAGUUUCGUUUAUUAACAGAAAGGAGGUGUACCCCCCGAUUGACAAGUAUUUGUACUCCCUGGACGUAGCGACGUCGGGCCCCUUGAUGUGUCUGAAGGAGGACAAAAAGGAGGAAAUAAAAAGUCCCACAAGGGGAGGGUUGCUUCCGAAAAGCGUUGCAAAACAUAUGAAAAUUUUUUCGAACUUUUUCCCAAACAAUUAUGUACACCAUGUGCACGAAAUUAAUGUACUUAACCACUUCUAUGUGACCCUCGAUUUUACAAAAUUCCAGUGGUACAUAAUUGCUAUGAGAGAUGACGUCAGCUAUGUGAAGUUGUUCCUCAGUAAUUACAGCUUUUAUGUUUAUGUGUACGCGGACGGUAAGUUUAUUUACGGUGGGUUUAACGAGUACAAGUACAUCGAACUAGUGAACGCGAAGAAGGUCUACAUUAUUUGCGCAAAUCUGGGUCUGGGCUUCCCAAAAGAGAAAAUCAGAACGGACUUCCUCAACCACAUAAAUGUGAAUGAUUUAAAGAAGGAUUAUUUUUUUUUUCAAGAUGGAACUAGCCAAAAUGAAAUAAAAAAAAAAAAAAAAAAUAUUAAUGAAAAUACCAAAAAAGAAUCAGACGAAGAGGAAGCUACAAACAGUACGUGCAAUCAGCGAAGCAGUAUCUUCGACGAUUUGGAGCACACAACGCUCGAAGUGCGUAGCAACCAAAAUGGUUGCAGCAGCAUGUACGAUGAAAACGAACAAAGUAUGCACAAUUACUACUCGGGAGAAAGUACCGAUACGUUCAUAUUCAUCGUAACGAGGAAUGAAUACGAUUUGUACAGCUGUGUUGGUCUGCAUGGGGAGAUAAUAAAAAAUGAGAAAAACGUAGAAGUGUACAAGAAAAUGUACAACAUGUUUGACUACACGUACAUAAAACCAUAUUUGCUAAACAGGGGGGGAGAAAAAAGGCCAAAGAAGGGGGCAACAUCAAGAAGCGGAAGCGAAAAGGUGGAACACAAAAAUAUGAACUUCGAAACACUGUUGGAUAGUAAAAAAACGGAAAUGAAAAGUAUAACUAAUUCGUUCAUAAAAAUGUGUUCUUCUGGAUUUUUCUCCUUUUUUUUUAACAAAAUUAAAUAUUAUUGCAAAACGGGGAUUUUUAAAUAUUUAAACAAAUUCAGCAAGGUGAAUGAGAACAGCAUCAAUUCGCCUCUAACGUGGUACACUUUGCUGUAUUUUGUAAAAAAUGUGGACUAUAUAAGAUCCAAAUACUCGCUAAAGCUAUCUGCUUACGAUGAAAAACGGAAAGAAAUUGACGGGAUGAGUCGCGGGUUUGUCUACAUUAACAACCACAUGUUGGGAAGCUUCUGGAUAACGGACGAUAAGGAAAGCUACGAAAAUGAAAUAAAUGAAGAAAAAAAAUUAAAGAAAAGAAAAAAAAUGAAAAAGGAAAAAAAAACCAAGUUUGCAACGAAUGAAAAUUUAAUUAGUAUCCCACUAACACGGUACAUGCGCAUACCAACCGACUGGCUGAUCGAAGGAAUCAACGUGGUCAUCGUGUUUGACGAAUUUGGGGGCAACCCCUACAAAGUCGAAAUCGUUCGUGAAGUGCUACAAGGGGGGGUAUACCGGCUAACCAAGAAGGAGAAGUAUGUAAAUUGGAUUUUGUUUCUUUUCAUUUUGAGCAUUAUCGUUUUCAUUACGUACUUUUGCUUCAAGGCUCUGCACAACUAUUUUAAAAUUAAGGAGGAGAAGGAGAGGAACAAGCAGAAUUAUCAAAAUAUUAUCGAAAAUAUCAUUACGCAUAAUAUUUAUGUGAACAGCUCGUACGAUGAUGCCACGGAGGAAACGGCGUCCGAGGACAUUCAGAAUGUCAGCGAGUUUUUGGACUCCUGA